AUGGCCACCUGCGUGUCAAGCCCCACACUCACAACGACGUCUGUCGGCUCCUCCGCCAGUCUAUCCACUACAGUCACUCAUAUCACUACGACCGCGCCACCUACCGUGUCCACCAUCACCAUCACCUCAUGUAUCGCUCCCACCAACACUAACUCCUCUGCCACUUGCGUCCCAACUCUCGUAAGGUCCCUCCGUACAGUAGGAGGUUUUACCUCCACCAUUGAUGCACCUGUCACUAUUACCGUCCAAGUUCCCUUUACACAGAUCGCCACCUUCUAUGGCUCGUCAUGUACCACUCCAGCUGGAGAGGUCAGCAUUACACCAUCGUCCGUGACAUCCACCCUCAUCAGCGUCACCACUCCGCCCCCGACUGUCAUCACUUCACAAUCGUAUACCACCCUGUCAGAUGGCAGCGUGUCUACUGCCACCCUCACUAGCACCUCCACCUUGCCCGCGACGACAGUAAGUGCCCCACCAACGUCCACCCAAUCACACGGUACAAACAUAGCUCCCAUCGUGGGUGGUGCCGUGGGUGGUUUCGUGGGUUUCGCAGCACUGGUACUGCUAGGCUGGUACUUCAUUAAAAAGAAAGCCCGAUACAACGACAUAUUCGAUAACAACGAAGGAUACUCACCACCACCCAAAAAAACCAACCCCCUCAACCCGUCCCAAACCCAGGGAUACCACUACACACCCGUCAGCCAUACCCUCGCAAACCCAACUGUCCAUUCUCCGCCUACAUCACCGCCGCAAGGCCAAGCACCGCUCGCGAGUUUCGGGAACGAGUCUGCGUUCCAGGGCCCUGCAAGUUACGGGAACGAGUCUGCCUAUCAGGGCCCUGCAGCUGGAGGACACCACCACUCUCCGUCGCUUGUCCCGUUGUUCGCUGCGGGUCUUGGGGCGGGCGCGGCCGCGCAGACGGCGCAGCUUGUGGUUAAUGCGACGGGUGGGAACAACACGAAUAGUACGGCUUCACGGCCUUCUUCGUCUGGGUCGGCUGCGCCGCUUGUCCAGCAGCAGGGGUAUGGGCAGGGCCAGGGAUACAUUCCGCAGAACUUGCCGCCUGGUGCUGGGGCCGGGCAGGGGCAGGGAUAUGGGUAUGCGCAGGGGGGACAGCAGGGGUAUGCACAAGCUGGACAAGGAUAUCCGUCACAAGGAUAUGCUGGCGGGCAAGGACAGGGAUACGCUGCUGGUCAGGGCCAAGGGUACGGUCAAGGACAGGGAUACGUACCUCCUGGACAAGGACAGGGGUAUGCGCAGCCUUCUGCACUGUCACAUGCUACUAGCACGAGCUCGGCUGGGACGUCAUGGGGCGGGUCUUCUUCUGGCGGCGGCGGCGGUGUAUAUGCCCCACCAAUCCCGGGUAUCAUCCCCGUCAUGGGCGCGACGAGACACCGACAACAGACUUCCGACCCCGUAUACAACAAUAAUCGGUCUGGAAGUCCGGUAUCGAAUUUGGGGCCUGAGGAUGCGUCGUCUUCUUCUGCCGCGUAUCCGAGCACGGCGGAUGCGACUACUGCGUAUGAUGGGAAGGGGCGGCCGAUUAAUUUUGGGGGGGAGAAACCUGCGAUUGUUCAUUUGGAUGGGGGACGGUAUGAGGAGCCGACGACGAGUCAGAGUCAGAGUCAGAGUCAGAGUGUUGCACAGAGGCCGAUGGGGGCUGCGCCGCCUGCUUAUGAGGGGUGAAGCAAAAAAACAAAUGUGGUUCUCUGAAAUUUACGUGCUUUUACGACCUUGAAGAUUAUAUUAUUUAUUCCCCCCCCCUUCCCCUCCCCGGAUUUCUUUCUUUCUUUCUGACGUUGGCAUGGUUUUUGGAUUGCUUUCAAGUUGGUAGUUUGGGUGGAACAAUAAUAUUCAUUCAUGAUCAUUUACU